GGGACUGUUUUUGUUUGUCCCUUACAUAUUGCCGUUAUUACGUAAUCAAAAGGUUAAACGAGACUAGCUUCUAACAAGCUAACAGCUAAGAUAAGUCAUACAAAAAUUCAGUACCCCCUUGAACAAGAGAAGCCCAACAGGAUGACCAGUGUGCUCUGUGGCAGAGCUCGGCUGGUGACGUACCUGCCGGGGCUUCACGUUCUAGUUCACCGUGUUGUAGGGGCCAGAGCUUUCUCUGGGGCGUCUGGUUCAGAUGAGCCACACCUGAGCAACACAACCCCUGACAUUGCGCCGAGGACAGUGUGGCCAGAUGAGACCAUGGGCCCGUUUGGACCUCAGGAUAAACGUUUCCAAUUGCCGGGUAACAUGGGUUUUGACUGUCAUUUAGAGGGCACUGUCAAGCAGAGGACUGCACCAGUCCACAGCGUGAUGCCAGAUGUGCUCACUGCUCAGUCUAGCUGCGAGAGGCACAACUUGGUACUGGCCCAGUUCAUCAACGAACUUCAUAAAAAUGAUAAAACAGCUGCAGCACAGAACAUCAAUAAAGCAGAAAAUUAUUUCGAUCAUUCCAUUGUGGAGUGUGCUGUUCAGUCUUGCCCUGAACUGUUAAAGAGAGAUUUUGAGUCAAUGUUUCCUGAAGCACCGUCAUCUAGCAUGAUGGUGGUCACUGUUACUCAGAGGACACAGAACGAUAUGACGGCCUGGACUGAAAAGGUGGACCAGGAGAGAGAACAGCUGCUGGCUCAGUUUAUUGCAGGUGCAAAGGAGAUAUGUUUUGCGCUCCGAACAGAAGGAUUUUGGGCAGACUUCAUUGACCCAUCAUCUGGCCUUGCAUUUUUUGGAUCAUACACAAACAACACACUCUUUGAAACGGAUGAAAGGUAUCGGCAUUUAGGUUUUCAGAUCGAGGAUCUGGGCUGUUGUAAAGUGAUUCGGCACACGAUAUGGGGGACGCACGCUUUUGUGGGGACACUUUUCACUACAGCGCCACCCAACAGCCAAAUCAUGAAGAAGCUACAGGGGAACUAAUAUUAAAGAUACCAUGUCAUCAUGGGAACACUGUCAGUCUCAAAACCAGAAUGCAGACUGAAACAAUCUUUGUGUUUUUUUUUGUUUUUUUUCAUUUUUUUUUUUUUUUAACACUAUUCAACAAAAUCAAAAACAUACUUGUGUCCAAUAGUGCACUCAAUGAAGUUGCUCAAUGGUGACAAGAAAUGUGUAUUUAUUUUUGUAGAACAAAAGGCACUUUUGAUGGAACUUUGGUUUUGGUUGCUUGUGCUACAGAGCAAUGUUCUGAGUCAGUAAAAUGUAUGCUAAAUGUUGCAUCUCUUGAGAAGCUCUCUCUCAGUGUUGCCUUUCUUUUAAUGCAGACCUCAAAGAAACUUAUACUGAAAGCAAUUGUAGAGCUCAGAUUGUUUUCUGCAACAUUGCUCCAUCCGAACUGGGAAGUACCUGUCAAUGGUGGUUAAGUUCAUAAGUAGUGUACAACAUAUUAAUCAAAGAAUAGAAGUAAUCCAGGGCCUUUCAACUUAAUUCAGUUAUACAGGAUAAGCUUUCUCCAUAUGUCCAUGAUAGACACAAUAAAUAAAAAAGGAAGAUUA